AUGGAAUCCAUCAGUGUAGCUACGCCGGCGGAUCAAGUCACCGGGGGUGGAGGAGCUCCAGCUGGAGGAAAUCAGACCAGUGGCGGUCAAACCGGCAAACUUCAAAUCGAAGACAACUAUGUCGCCAAGCCACAGUCGCGCCUGCCUAUUCCACAUGUCUUUGAUAAAUCUCACUUAUCUGAAAUUGAGAAAUCCAACGAGGAGGGCCUCAAGUUCUGGACGAUUCAAUAUGGAGCUGCCCGAGGUUUCCAAGCAACUCAAGCCAAAAUACUCCAAUCACUCGAAAUGGGAGAAAUAGAGAGACAGAAAGAUAUUAAAGCAUUUGAGACAGCUCCUAAGGAGCUCCUUGCUGGUCCUACAGAUUCCGCAAGACAAUUACGUUUGCAGUUCAAAGAGCAAGUGGCUAAACUAGAGGAGGUUAACAACGCCAUUGCUUCGACAAAUCUAGCCGCGGAUCGAGAUGAGUUCCUUGGACAAGUUCAUACAUACGGGUUAGUAGAGCCAAAGCUCAACGACCAAUAUGACUUCCAGUCAAUAGUGACUACAACUCCUGCAUUACAGAGUUCACUAGCAAAACCAUACCGCAAAGCCUCUGAACUUCAGCACUACCACCUCAAUUAUAUGAAAGCCACGGAAGGCGGCGCACGUGAUUCAUCUAUUGAGACUGGAAUUCUUGAAGAGUUGAGUAAUAUUAAUGACGAUAUUGACAUGUUAGUGCGGACGGUAUUUAGAGAGCGCCUAGCGGUAGAACGAAAAAACGAGGAGCAAGAGUUGAGAAGGAGCCAAAACGGAAAAGUCAGCAAAAAGCAAACGAAGAAUCUCGACCAAAAGUACAAGUCGGCAGAGAAAAAAAUAGAGGUCUCUUGCUUGGUAUAUGUUCCUAUUGAAGGAGAGGACGAUUAUACUCUACCGGAUUUUGGACUAGAGGAGGACGAUGAUGAUUCUGACACCGCAUCCCUUAUGUCAGGUGUGGAUGAUGAACCGCAUGUUGAGGAGCCUGGAAAUGGUGAGAACGGCCAGUCUGAAAAGAAACCACUACCAAAAGAGAUCUAUGAAAUCCGUUCUAGAAUGGGUGGUCGCGAUGGACCCCUAUUCACCCUUAUCGAUGCUAAACUAAAUGGGGUAGAAGGCAAUGAAGCAUACAAUGAAGCAUACCAAAAGCUUCUAGCUUUAUCAAACGAGCAAGCUAAAUUCUGCGAAGCAAAUAAGAUCGACCCAGCAACCUAUGCGAUAGGUGACGCUCAACUCAAUCCCUUCUUUGAGAUGGUACAGCAAGCUGUUACAUGCAAGAAUUUGCUAAAGACUACCCCUAACGACCCAAACAUUAUGUCACAGUACAUAGGUCUAAGGGAAGCUGCAUGGCUUUUUAUACAAGAGCACCAGUGGCCAAAGACGUUUCAUGAUACCUUUCUCCCAACAGUGUAUGAGAUUUUGUCGAUUAUCGCCAAAGAAGCAGCUCCCCCGCCUGCUUUAUCUGAGACCGAGGCUCCUCCGGCAGAAGACACAGAUGAACAGUGCAUUGUAUCUGUCUCUAUACCAGGGGUGGUUGAGGAGGUGGAAGAUGGGAUUUUGCGACAGAAGAGAGUCGCUAACAUUCGCUCGUGCGGGAGCGGCUACCAGCUGGUCCUCAAAAGUCAUGGAACUAAUCCAGAUUUUAAGAACCGUUUUAUUUUUGAGCUCGUUCCCGCCAGAAGUUUUGCCGGCGCUCUCCAAGAGUUCCAGGCGAUGCAUCAGGGUAAACAGAUUAAAACUGUCACCCCCAAAGACCUAAAAGAUCGACCUUGGAGACAAGUAUUAGUCGGCGGUGUUAUGUCUCCACGCCGCAAAGAUGAAAAAAUGUACAAGAUCCAGGCUGUCAGCUUAGUUAACGUCAAAUUUCCUGGAACUGCUUUCAUGUGGGCUAGUGAAAGUAAUCUCUCGAAGGCGUUCGGCGAAAACGCCGUUCGGGCAAAGAUCAAUCAGUACAUGAUAGAAUCUGGGCAAAAAGCCCCCAAGGCACCCACGGAGCGCGUUUUUCGGCUAUCUAAGAAAGAACUUGAAGCUCAACUUCAGGCAGAAGAUGCCCAACCACGUCGCAAGAAGGCUACUAAAGAGGAGGCUAGAAUGACAAGAACAAGGAAGUAUCAAAAGAAAACACCCCUGAAAAGCGCGCAUCCAAAGAGAAAGACCACUUUUCCGGAAACUGAUGGUGAAGAGGAAGAAGAAGGCGAUGCCAUAGCUGAUGGCUCUGUACGGAGUGAGGAUGAAGGCGAUUCCGGCUCAAUGGUCGAGUUUAUCGUUGAUGAUGAGGCGGUAGAAUAUACCAACGAAGAUAUCGCAAAGGCAAUGGCUCAACUUAAGAAAAUGAUGAAGCAAAAGAAGAAAUAGGAGAGAGGCAAAGUAUGGCAAC